AUGGCUCGCAUCGCCUUCAACUCUACCCUCCUUCUCUCUCCCGACAUCUUCAUCUCUCUCUCUCCACCGCUGCCUUUCUUCCUGCAGGAAUCCCCUCUUUCUUUCGAGGUCAAAGCCUCUUCAUCGACCUGUCUGGGCUGGAGGCCGCCACCGCCGGAUUUUCCGACAGCAAUCUGCUCCACCGCGGCGGCUUCCCCCAUCUUUGAGGCAAGCAAGCACCUCGCAACCUCCUUUUCUCUGUGCGCUUCACUUCACCUAAAUUCACAGGGUGUGCUGGAGAGCGUGCACGAGAUUCCAGUGAAGAGUUUGUCCCUGGAAUCGCGGCAGGGAGCGCGCGAGUUCCUCGACGAGGUGCGGCUGCUGCUGAAGGUGCAUCAACGGAACCUAGUCUCCCUCGUCAGCUGCUGCACCUCCUCUCCUGCCCGGGCCGGACACAAGAUACGCGCUACCCAUACUUCCCAAACGCUACUGGCGACACCGACAAGCUCAAGGACUUUGAGGCCCAGAUGGACAACUGGACAUGAACUCAGUAAAUCAACAGUAAAUGCAGGAGCCAGAAUUGGAUGUGGUACAAUCUUGGAGGCUAAACUGAAGUUUAAACUGAUUUGGAUUCAGUGUCUCAUCAAAUUUAAGUCAUGGAAACAUGACAUGUCACUGAAUUUAAACUUAUUUGGGUUCAUGAAGUGGAGUAUAUUGCUUGUUAACAAUGCUGAAACUUGCAUUGCUUGUUAUCAUGACCAUGAACUCCUCCAGAAGUUACUGGUACUGUUGAAUUAGGCUGCACAAUUACAGUUGUGGUCACAAUUUAGGCUGCACAAUUCAUAUAUUCAUUGUCUUUAGGAAUGUUCUCAUUGCCU